AUGGAACCUACUUUUCCACUACUACGGCUUCCCGAAAAUGCUAUUGUCAAAGUUCUCAAAAUCAUGAGUUUGAAGCAAUUGCUCGAAUUCUCCUAUGUCUCAACAAAAACUAAGAAUCUCGUAAAAUCGUUAGGAAUAAUAGCCAAACGUGUUGACAUCACGAUUCAUGGAUUAAAUGAAAUAGGGUUGAAUACGUAUCAUACGGAUUUCGGUUUUCAACCAUCACCACUAAUCCCCUUUAGCGAUAAUUUGAAGUAUAUUCGGACUAUUUUCUGUUGCACUUUGCCACCGAAUGUUCGUUUCUAUGCAGAUUGUGAGAGACAUGAAGUUAGAUUGUUGAAAGAAACAAUUGGAAAUGUCAACUUUCUCUAUGUGUCUAGUAUACUGACGGAUGAGUUGAGCAGAGAAGUUCUGAAACAUUUCAAUACUCCCAGCAGACUAUAUCUGCUCAGAAAUCCAUAUGAAGAUACUUGUAAGAUUCAAGAAAUCUUCAUUCGAAACCACAAAAUUAUCGAAUUUAAUGACGAUUACUCAUUAGAUGACAUGUUAUCGGUUAAUAGUGAAAAAGUCAGAUUCAUUCGAUCGGCAAGUCAAAAACAAAUGAAUAAAUUCGUCAAACACUGGAUCCGUGGGUCUAAUCCACAACUACAAAUCAUGUCUCUAUCAAUAAAAAACACUGAUUUUGUUAACGGUGAAACGCAUUUGAAAGGAAUCAGAUGCAUGGAUAUGAGUGAAGAGGCAAAAAGAGAAAUCCGUCAAGAACACGGGCUUCCAAACUGUAAUAUGGUACAAAUCAGACGGGAAGAUGGAACAACUGCAGUGAUUGCGUCGAAUCAGCGAGGUCGUCAUCCUAAUAUUCAUUUAAUUGUUAUGCACUGA